CACCAUUAUUUAAAUUUUUUUUAUGUAUGAUAGGAAUGAAAAUUUAAAAAAACAACUUCGGAACUACUACAUUACCAUUACAACAACAACUACAUGGUUACAUGGUGAAUCUUUGUCUUAUCGUCAAUAACAUUUACCAACAAUAAAACAAACACACACACACACAAGAAAACUCGGAACAUAAUAAAUGGAAAUUAAUAAUUAUUGGAAUAACAAAAAGAGAAAAAAGUGAAGAUAUUUGAUCUUAAAUGUAUGAAACUGAAAUGGAUAAAUUUAUAUAUAUAUAUAUAGAGAGAGAGAGAAACUGUAAAAUUCACUUAAAUCUAUAUUUAAUCAUUAAUCAUAAUGUCAUCGAAAUUCAAAAAAGACUCCUACAAUUUAAAACAUCCCCCUUUCAUAGCACCAUCACCAGCAUCAGCACCACCGCCACCACCACCACCACCACCACCAUCAUCAUCAUCUUCACCAUCAUCUUUAUUAAAUAAACAAAAUAAAAAAAUGAUUAAACGUUCAGUGACAUUUGAACAAAGUAUAAAUUCAAAAUCAUUAUUAUCUUCUAUUACUUCUAUAUCUUCUUCAUUAUCUUCAAUAUCACAAUGUUGUACAAAUUUAUGUAAUAAACAAAAUACUUAUACAUUUUCAUAUUUAUUACGUGUUAAUCCUCCAAUAUUACCCGGUGAUAUAUUAAAUUAUUUAGGAUUUACUAAAUCUACUUCAGCAGCAGCAGCAGCGACAACAACAACAAUACCACCACCACCACCACCAACAACAACAACAACCACAGCAACAACAUCUGUACCUAUCUUGUCAAGAUCAAAUGUCAAUGGAAAUUCAACUGGAAAAGUCAAAGUCAUUAUCUGCAUCAAUCAAGAAUAUAACAAUCAUCACCAUCAUCAUCAUCAUCAUCAUCAUGAUAAUAAUAAUAAUCAUCAUACCAGUCAAGGUUUAGCGAUAACAGCUACAACAGCAUUGAAAACAGUUGGAAGUUUAUUAUCACCAAAUAAUCCAUUAAAUACUAUACAUUUAAAAGGGAAUAAAAGUACUACUGAUUUUUCAUCGAAUUCAUCUUUAUCCAGUUGUAUUCAAAUUGAUGAAAAUAAAAAAAUAAUUACAUUGUUGGAUCCUACACCAUCACGUCGUAGACGAGGAAUUGGUGGUGUUGUAAGAAAUUAUAAAUUUGAUAAUAUUGUAACACAGGAUACAUUGAAACGAGAAUUUUAUUCUAUGGUUCUCAAUGAUGCUUUAACUGCUGUGUUGAAUGGAAAAGAUAGUUGUAUACUGACUAUUGGACAUAAAGCUACUGGUAAAACACACUCAAUGAUUGGUUAUGAUUACUCACCAAUGGAAUGUGGUAUUAUUCCAUGUGGAAUAAGUUGGUUAUAUCAAUUAUUAAAUUAUCAAAAACAAUGGUACAAUACAAGAUUUUCUAUAAGAAUAUCAGCUGUUGAGAUUACUGGAUUGAAUGAAGAAUUUCGUGAUUUAUUAGCGAAUACAAAAGCAUCAUAUGAUGAAGAAUAUUCGGAUAAAUCACCAAGUCAUUAUUUACAAACAACAAAUAGACCAAUGCAACAGAAGAAUUCAACUUCUUCUACUUCUUCUUCUUCUUCUUUAUCAUCAUCAUUAAUGAAUAAAAUUAGUCUUGGAACAAAUUAUGAAAAGGCACAAACAAUUUCUGCUCAAAUGAUUGAUAAAUUAUCACAUCUAUGUGAAUUACGUGCAUCAACAGCUGAAAAAGCCGCUUAUCUACUUGAUACAGCAUUAUCAAAUCGUACAGUACAUAAUUGUAAUAAUUUAUCCGGUUUAUCACAUAUGUUAUUUACAUUACAUUUAUAUCAAUGUAAAUUAGAGAAUAACAGCAGUGAAAUGAGUAUUUCUGGUGGUAGAACGAAAUUUCAUUUUCUUGAUUUGGGUUGUGGAAGAUAUGGACAACAUUCCAUUCAUGUAAACAAAUGUGUUGCAGUAGAAAAUAAUUCAAAUUUUAAUAACCAUUCAAAAUUUAAUAAAAAUGAAAAUAUUAACAAUACUACUCAUAAUACUACUAAUAAUGUCUUGAAAUAUUCAACCAUAGAAGAUUCAUUAUCUAAUUGUACAACUACCUUUAGUCAAGAAUUAAAUUCAAUAGAACAUAGAACACUUUCAAAAGCUCUUUCAUUAUCUGGUAUUGGUAGUGUUUUAUUAGCUUUAUUGACUGGUAGACGACAAUUACCAUAUUAUGAUUCUUCACUUACUUAUUUAUUACGUGAAGCAAUAACUGGUAAUCAAAUUCAACCAUGUAUCUUAGCUCAUAUAUCUGAAAAUGUACAAUACUAUACAGAAACAUUACAGGUUAUACAACUUGCUACGGAAAUAAAUCGUCUUAGACGUCGUAAAAUUGUUAUUAAUCAUAUUGGCACGUUAAUUAAAGAUCAUGAAUUAUCAUUCCCAUUAUCAUUGAAUACUAGUAAAAGUCAAGAAGAAAUUGGUUCAUCAACAUCAAACGAUACAGAUAAUGAUAUUCUACGUGUAAAUCAAUCAAAACAUUUACAUAGACGACCAAGACUUGGUCGUUUAUCAUAUGCUAGAUCAUUAGGAUCAUGUAGUUCUGAAUUAGAUUGUACAUCAAGUGGUGAACAAUCAUGUGAUACAGUAAUUUAUGUUGGUAAUAAUAAAUUAUUACAAGGUGAACGUCGUCUAAGUGAUAGUCGUAUUACAUCAUAUUCUAUUAAAAAAUUAGGUCCAAGAGGAUUAGCUGAUGGAAGUAUAGAUAUAAUGGAUAAAACCGAUAGUUGUAGAGGAUCAUCAGAAUUAAUAGCUUUGAAUGAUGAAACGCUUAAACAAUAUUCAAUGGAUCAGAAUCAACAUACUACUCAUAUUACUGAAUUAUCAAAUAUGAAUAAUGUGAUAACAGUUAAACGAAUGAUUCCUAGAACUAAUGCAACUGUAUGGCCUCGUAUUAUGAAUAGAACAAAAUCUAGAAAAUUUUUACAAUCUUUAACAACAACAACAACAACAACAACAACGACUCCAACAUCGUCAUCAUCAUCUUCAAUGAAUAAUAAUAGAAUUGAAGAAACUUGGAUUGAUGGUCCAAAUGUAUCAUUAUCAUUAUCGGUUAAACAAAGAAAUGAUAUUGUAAAUUUAUCAAAUGGAUCAUUGUUAUUAUCACAACCGUCGUUGUCGUUAUCGCCAACACCUCCGCCACCGCCACCGCCACCACCAUCCUAUCAUAAUGUUGUACAUAAUUUGAUUAAAGAUCAUAUUAAAACAUCAUUUCUAUCAAAUACAGAGGAAUUAUGUGAACAAAUGAAAGAGGAAACAAUUAUAAAUUCAAUUGAAGCACAAAAUAUACACACUACAUCUAUGAAUAAAUCAAUUCAACAUUUUAACACGACUACCAAUUCUACCAUCACUACCACUUCUACUACUACUACUACCACUACUACUAAUACUACUACUGAAAAUAAUUUCAGUAGUAAUUCAAUGAAUAAUUCAUUUUCUACAUUAGAUAAUAAUCCAACUGAUAAUAUACCAAGAGCAUUAUCUGAUAUAUCUGAAUGUACUGAAGAUGCUGAAACAAUUCAUGAAUCAAAUUCUAUAAAACAAUCUCUUAUUAAUUUAUCAUUAAAAGAUGAAUUAUCAACUAAUUUAUUAACAUUUAAUAAUUUAUAUACAAGUUGUUGUCAAUUGUCAAUCAGUAGUAUGUUGAAUGAUAAACAAAAAAAUACAGAUCAUAAUGUUUCUAAUCUUUCUAACAUGAUGAAUACUACUACUACUACUAAUAAUAAUAUUAAUAAUACUAGACCUACGGAAGUAUUACUUGAUAUUGGAAGACAAAUCCGUGAAGCAUCAAAGUGUAAUAAUUACACAAUUCCAACAUCUUAUGUAACAACUGUAAAUGUACCUCAGUAUUUAAAUCAUUUAAAUGAAGAUGAAGAAUUAAUGUUAAAUAUGAAUAAUACUAAAUCAACAUUAUUAAAUCAAGAAUUUGUUAAUCAAUUAAAACAACCCGUUACCAUCCAUGAUAUGGUUAGUACAUCGAAUUCAGAGAAUCGAAUUUCUUUAUCACCAAGUAUGAAAUUUAAAGAGAACAAUGAAGCUAAUAAAAGAAACAUUUCACAAUCUACUAUUGUUCCUUUUAAUAUAUCAAUUAAUGAUCCAUGUCAACAACAAUCUAGUCAACCAGAUCAUUGUAACUAUAAUCAAAUGAAAUGUCAACAUUUAACAUCAUCAAGAUUGAAUACACCAGUAGUUGAUAAGAAAUUGACAAACAGCUUAUUACAUAAUAAUCAUCAUGUUUCUACUAAUCUUAAUAGUAAUACUCUUAAUAAUUCAUUAUUUCGUGUUGCUGAAUGGGUUAGUUCCAUUAGUACAUCACAUUCAUGUCAAUCAAUACAUUUUGAUGAUACAAUCAAUUGUUCAUUAUGUAAUCAUUAUUAUAAAAACAGUAAUAAUAAUGUGAAUGAUACUGCUAAUACUACUAUUCAUACUACUACUACUACUAGUGAUAAUACUACUAAUAAUAAUAUCAGUAGUAAUAAUUCAUAUCCUUGUUUAAAUUAUCCAUAUUCAAAUAUGAUAACUACAAAGAAUUCAAUAAAAUCACAUUUUAUAAAAGAAAAAAAUUGUUCAAAUCAUUCUAUUCAUUCAAUUACACCAUCUACAUUGAAUGAUUCUGCAAUUGGUUCAUUAAAUUAUAUAAAACAAAAUGAUUCAUUAAUUAAUUCAAUUAAUCGAUUAAAAUUCAAUGAAACAAUUGAUAAUAGACAAGGAGUUUCAUUGUAUAGUUCAUCUCCAUCAGUUCCACCUCCAUCUGUUUUAUCAAAUAACAAUGAUACAAAUAUACAUUUCUAUUCAUCUCAUCCUAUUCAAUCUGAAAAUAUUUGUAAAAUUCCUCAAUCUUAUUCUACUCCAAUAUUUUUAUCAUUACAAGAAACAAAAUUACAAAAUUUACAAUCUUCAUUGAAUUAUCCAUUGACUACAUUGAAUACAUCAAAUGUAAUGAAUCAAUUAAAUAAUGAAACAGUUAUUAAUGGACAAAUAAGUCAAAAUCAAAUGAUCAAUUUAAAUUCUUUACAUCAUCAUAAUGAUCAUCAUAAUUAUCAUCAUCAUCAUCAGUAUCAUCAGUAUCAACAUCAUAAUGAUCAUCCUCAAUCAUAUGAAAACGGAAGUAAUAAUAAUAAUAAUAAUAAUAAUAAUAAUAAUAGUCAUAGUCAUAAUAUAUCACCUAUAUGUACAUCAAAACAUGCAUAUUGUACAGAAUUCUAUCAGCAAUCAAUAAAUCUUGAUCAACAACAAAGACAAGAACAAGAACAUAAAUCUAUUCAUCGUCAUCAUUAUCAUCCUCCUCCUCCUCAUCCUCAUAUUUGUGAUAAAAUUACUACUAGUAUAGCUACGAAUACUACUACUACUAUUAAUACCAAUACUAUUACUAUAAAUGAAUUCAGUAGUUUAGUGAAUCAAAAUAAUGAAGAAAAAGCUAAAAUGAAAUUAUCAUUAAAAUUUUUAACUUUACCAUUAUUUCGUAGUUUACGUUUACUUAGAAAAGGGAAAAAAGAACAUCAUCAUAGAAUUCAACAUGAAACAAAUAAGAUGAUUGUUAGAAAUGAACAAACCUUAUGUAUUCAUAAUAAUAAUAAUAAUAAUAAUAAUAAUAAUAAUAAUAAUAAUAAUAAUGGUAAUCGUAUAAAUAAAAUUGAACCGGUAAAAUUAACUUCUUUUAGCUCUUCAAAUUGUCAAAAAUCAUUGAAUUCUAAUGAAAAAUCAAAUCAAUUAUCAUCUACUAUAUGUGAUCAUUAUUAUUAUCAUCAUCAUCAUUAUCACCAUCCUCCUCCUCCUCCUUCUCAUCUCCCUCAUACAAUAAGUCUCCCUUCAAAUUUAUUUACUAGUAAUAAUAAUAAUAAUAAUAAUAAUAAUAAUAAUCCUUCAACUACUAUGAUAGUUACAAAUUCUAUCAAUCAAUUUAAUCAACAUUUCAAUAAUCAAUAUUCAAUAAAUGAUCAUUUAAUAAUUAAUUCUAAUCAACAAAAAUCUAAUCAAUAUAAAUCAAUAAAAAAUCAAUAUAAUUAUAAUCAAUAUGAAAAUAAUGAAUUUAAUCAAUAUAAAAAUGAUAUUCAUUUAAGUUUAUCAAAUAGUUCAUUUAAUGGAUUUAAUGGAAUUAGUGGAAAAUUGUCUGCAUCAGUAUGUCGAUCAUCUCGUCGAAGUGGUGGUGGUUGCGCCCUUGGUGGCGGUAGUGGAGGUGGUGGACCAUCGAGUAGUGGUUAUGAAAGUAUGCAUACCGGUGCCAGUGAAUUGUCUUUAUCACAUCAAGAUUCUGCAAGUGAUUGUUCUGGACAUGUUAAAGAAAUUCUUACAAGGCGUCCAUCCAUAGAUAAAUAUCGUCGAAGAUGUAAUAGUCAACAUCAUCAUCAUCGUCAUCAUCAUCAUCAUUCUAAGAAUCUCUAUCAACAUCAAUACCAAGAUGAACAUCAUCUACAACAUUUAAAUACAACCAGUCGAAUACUUCAGUCGAAUAAUAUUAAAAAUGAAUGACAAUCCUAUUUCUUACGAGAUGGUAAUGUUGUACAUCUAAUUAUUACUAUUUACCAUUCAUCAACUUUUAUUACCAUUCAAUUUCCAAUAUGUUUAUCAAUUGAACAUAUGUAUGCAAUAACAACAGUAGACCAUAUAUUCCAUUGAAAUUCUUUUCAAUUUUAUUACAAAAUUUCAUUCUUAGUUGACUUGUUUUGUUUUUUAUUGUUGUUGCCGUUGUUGUUGUUAAUUUAAACAUUUUUCUUUGUUUGUUUAGUUAUGAACUGUUUUUGUUUUGUUUUAUAUUUGUCAAGUAUUAACAUAUAUAUUUUUAAAUAAACAUGCACACAUUUAUUAGAUCAUAUAAUUUUGAUGAUGAUAGAUGAUAACGGUGAAGGUGACAGCGACGAUGAUGAUGAUGUCGACGACGAUGGUGACGGUGACAACGGCAGUAGAUUAAAAGAAGUAUGGAAAUAUGAACAGAUUUUUUGGUGCUUUUUGUUUAAAAUUUCUUAGAUCAGUUAAAUAUCAUGUUUAUUUGUACAAAAAAGGAACAAUAAUUGAAUAUUAUACAAAGUAAUGAGAGUAAUGAAUACUUGAUCAGACGUAAUGUAUUCGUCUGUUUACGUGUGUGUGUGUGUAUGUAUGUAUGUAUGUGUGGUUAACUUCAGCGUCUUUUUUUUAAUUUGUAAUUAUUUGAUAAAAAAUACACAAGCAAUUAUUUCUUAUAAUUUUAAAUUGUAUAAUAUACUAUUGAUAACAAUGAGUUGAAUGAAUUAACUUUGUAAAUUAGGGUAUUGUUUCUGUUAUAACUUGUGACCUGUGUUCCAUGUUAAUGUAUAACGUAAUGAUACCGUCAAUUAGAAAACAGUGAAUUAUCGAUUGGAUCAAUGACGAGUAAACCCGUACGAGCAGUCUAGAGUACUUAUUGAUCCUGUUUACUACCCAGCCCAGCCAGUUAAGUCCAAAACACCAAUCUCAGCCUCUGCAAUAUGAAUCAUUUAUUUCAAACAUACUGGGUUCAUAUAUCAACCAAAUAGACC